AUGAAGACUCACUCAAGACAGUUGGCGGGCAGUUUGAUGUCAGCAUGCAUCCUACUAGCUUCUCCACUGCUGGCAACCAACAUCACGGUGUACCAGUCUGGUGUGGCAUUGAUACCAAGUCCCCUUCCCGCGCCAGGUCCAGCGGCCAACUUCGAAGAGAUUAUCACUCAAUUCAACCGCCUAGGAAGAACGACAGUGUGGAACUCGAUCAAGAACAUCACGUUCGAAGGCGACACGGGUGAGCCCGAAGGAAUGGUCAACAUCGGCGAGGACAGAUACAUCCUGGGCCGGGGCGACUGGACCGAGAAGACGGUCUCGUACGGCAAGAACGUCAUCAUCAACGGCACCGACCGGUCCCCUGGCGCUGGAUACGCGCACAUUCUUGUCUACGACGGCACGGGCAAACGUAUCGCCGAUGCGACACUCACAGCUCCAGGCGACAUCGAGUACCACAUCGGCGGGAUCGACUACGACGGCGAGGUCCUCUGGGCCACGCUCGCGCAGUACCGGCCCAACACGACCGCGACCAUAGUGUCCAUCGACCCCGUCACCCUGCAACACACCGCCCUCAUCCACUACGCGGACCACCUCGGCGGCAUCGUCCACGACAAGAAAGCCCGGCGACUGAUGACCCUAAACUGGGGCGCGCGCAACGCCUCGAUCUGGAACCUCAACAACACAUCCACAUCCACAUCGGCCAUCGCCCCAUUCCCGCAAUUCUCCAUCCCCGAAAAAGUCGUCCGCAACCCGAGCUUCUACGUCGACUACCAGGACUGCAAGUUCCUCGGCCGCUCGAAGAUCUACGCCUAUCGCGCCGUGGCCAUGUGUUCGGGUGUCGCGACGCUGGCGGUCAAUGUAACGAUCGGGGGCCUGGCGCUCGUCGAUGUCGAGACUCUCGUCCCGCUGUCCGAGGUGCCCCUCAUGCUGAAGAGUGCGUUGGGCACGCCCAUCACGCAGAAUCCGUUUGAUGUUGCGCUGGUGGAUGGCUCGAUCCGGUUUUAUUUUCUGCCCGAUCAGCAUAAUUCGACACUGUAUGUCUAUGAGCCAGAGGUUAAUAGCCCGUAUCAGUAUUAA